CAUCAAUAAUAUUUUGUUUCUGCAUUGCAUCGAAUUUCGGCGUGCGUAGCAACCGGCCAAGUCUCGAAAAAGACUCCUAAAAGUGUACUAACGUUACUUUUUAUUCACUUGCAAUAAUAAAUUAGUAUGUCUAUGGAGGUAGACAUUACUGUAGAAGAUGAAGGUAACAAUGAGGAGACAGAAAUGGACAAGGAAAACAACGAGAAAAACUUGCUUCGUACCGGGAGCAGAGCACCGAGUCGAGCGAAGAGCCGCGGCAGCAUCGGGGACCAGAGAAAGACGAUAAGUCGGACAGGAAGCCGAUCAGCAUCUCGACCCGAUAGUCAUCUUUCUGUCAAUGAUGAGGAGGAUGAAAGCAGGGCAGCAUCUCAACGUUCCCUCUCUAGUGAGACCACUUGUGGUUUUGAUACAGACCUAGAAAUUGAAGCUACAAUAAUGGAUAUGAGAAGGAAGGCUCGUGAGGAUUACGAUCCCUCUGGGCGCACCACGUACAAGGAGGCGUGUCGUAUCAAUGGAGUGAUUCCCGUCUCAUACUUCCUUCGUCACAUUGGAGAUACAGAGCUUGUUAUGAAGCACCAUGGGUUAGGUCCAGGGGGCGCAAAGGCCAUUGCUAUUGCCCUGGUCACCAACACAACAAUUGUAAAGCUGAAUAUAAGUGAUAAUUGGUUGGAUCCAGAAGGUGGAAUUGCAAUAUCAGAUAUGCUGAAAGAAAACUGCUAUAUUGCUGAAUUAGAUCUAUCAGAAAACCGACUAGGAAGUGUUGGUGCUUCUGCUGUCUCAGAAAUGCUUCUACAGAAUAGUACAUUAACCCAUGUUACGCUAUCAGGAAAUGGCUUUGAGGAUAAGACAGCCGAUGCCUUUGCCGAUGUCAUACUUAAUAACAAGAAGUUAGAAUAUUUGAAUCUAAGCCAUAAUGAUUUUGGUGAGAUGGCAGGAGCCAUUCUUGGACCAGCAAUAGAAGAAAAUAUCACCCUUAGACAUCUAGAUCUUAGCUGGAAUCAUAUCAGAAGGAGAGGGGCAUUAGCUAUCACCAAGGGUAUUAUGAAUAACAUAGGACUGAGGAAAAUCAACUUAUCUUGGAAUGGUUUCAGUAUAGAUGGUGCCCAAGCAUUAGGAGAAGCCCUUAAAUCUAAUACCAAUUUGGAAGAAUUAGAUAUCACGAAUAAUCGUAUUUCAGCAGAGGGUGCUGUUCUUCUUGGUAAAGGCCUGACAGUCAAUGAAAGUCUGAAGGUGCUAAGAAUGGGCAAGAACCCGAUGCAGUCUGCUGGUUGUUAUGGUAUCGUUAAGGCAAUCAAAGAAAAUGCAAACUCACCGAUGGAAGAACUAGAUUUCUCAAGUAUCCAAGUCAAUAAGGACUUUGAGGCGCUCCAGAACGAGAUGAAGGAGCUCAAACCGAACCUAAAGAUUAAGCACGGCGGUAUGCAGGUCGAGGUCAAGCCAAAACGGAGGGUCAACCCAAUGGUCAAGCUUCAACGUUUCAUCCAGAAGAAUAACCUCCGACUUGUGGACUUCUUCAAUAAGUUUGACAAGGAUGGAAGCAUGAGUGUAACCUAUGACGAGUUUGAAGAAGGAUUGAAGGAGAGUGGCAUAGAUCUCACUGAUGAAGACAUUGCCUAUCUGAUUGCAGAAUUAGACAAAGACGGAGACGGUGAAAUUAACUACAGCGAGCUUUAUCUUGGUUAUGCCAAGAUGUAGGUUGCUGAGUGAGCUUUACUUCGGAACCAAAGAGAAGGAGGAUAAAGGAAAGAAGAUGGCCGAGGCAAUUAUGCACUUCAAAGAGGAGGGUGGAGUCUAAUAAGGUCACACAUUGGGGUCACAUCUUAUAACAAUGCCAAGGUCAUGCAAGAGGUCUUAAAAGGAUAAACAAAUAUUAAAUUCUCUAAGGCCACAAUGAGUAUUAAGGUUUUUCACAUUUUUUUUGUUUAAUGGUUGUUCAGUUCAAUCUAGUGUUUUACCCUUUAAGAAGCAUAAUAUCCAUACAUUAUCUACAUGUAUCUGUGUUGUGUGAAAACGCAGCAUUGUUUUUUUUUCUCCUUCACAUAGUUUCAUAAAACAAGAAAUCAAGAUACAUUCCUACAUUUUUGGUUGAUGUGAACAUGAUUUUUGCAAUUGACCUAAUUACUGAGUUAUUCAUAUUUAUCCAUAUUUUUCUUCGUGGAAGCUAGUGAUGAGGUUCUUUUCACCCUCUAGUACUGAAUGAAUUACAAUACUUGAAUCCUGUUCAAUGAUCAUUUGUUGCUAUGUCUGGCCAGCCUCUGGCAACCUUUCAGGUAUCACAAGCACUCUUUGAAAAAUGUGCAUGUAUAACUUGAAUGUACAAUAAUGUAGGUUCUACAUUAGGUGACCUUUCAUAAAUCAAAUAAUCGUCUUAACUUGAAGCAUUGUUAAUAAUAACAUCUAAGUCAAUUUUCAUCUAAGUCAAACAGAUUUCUGUCAACCCAAGUGAUUUGACUGAGGCAGAGUCAUAUUUGUUAGCAUUUGGGUCAUAUUGUUGAAGUGCAUGUACCUUGUAUUUAGGGGUGGUCAAACUAUUAUUUUUGUGCCUUUAUCAUGAUUAUGCAAAAGCUAUACCUUGAGUGAUAUGUAUUCCUUUUAUUUUUGUUCUCUGUUGAGCUCAUCUGUUUUGCCAAAAUUUGGAGGGCCAUCUCUUCUGUUGCUCUCCUUUCAUUUUCUUGCAUGUCAUUAUUGUUCUAUGUCAAUAUGCAGCUUUGCUUGUAAAUAUUAAGAACUUUGUAAUAUCUUAAGUUUUCUUAUGAUGUUGCAUUUUUCAUUCAAAUUCUUGCACUGAAAGUUGUAAAUAUAUAAUGUAUAUACAUGUAUAUACAUAUAUGAUUUUUUCAACUUGUAUACAUGUAAAUAUUUGAUGUCUUUUACUCUGGUAAGAUGAAAUAUUUUCGUAGAUGGGAAAUUGACAAAAGGCUGACCAUUGAAGCAAUUUUUAUACAGGUAAUUUUUAUGCACUGGCUUCAGUUUAAAGUAUAUAUUUUCCUUCAGAUUUAGGAUGUAAAAACUGGAAUAUAAUGUCUUUCAUAUUCCAGGAAUAUAUUACAACAGUAA